AUGAGAGCUGUACGCUUCCAUGGACGAGGUGAUAUCCGCAUUGAUGAGAUAGAAGAGCCGGUUUGCGGCGAUGGUCAGGUCAAGGCAAGCUUAAGCAUUACUACUCGUAACUUUUGUAACAUUCGACCUGCCUUUGUCGGAAUAUGUGGCACUGAUAUCCACGAGUAUAUUACUGGUCCCAUUCUUGUUCCUGUCACGCCGCACCCAUUAACCGGAGACAAGCUGCCAAUCACCCUGGGCCAUGAGUUCAGUGGCACAGUUGAAGAAGUUGGCCCAGGCGUUACAGAGUUCAAGGUUGGGGAUCGGGUUGCAGUCAAGCCUAACCUCUUUGACGCCACGUGUUCGAGCUGUUUGAUAGGAAGAUUCCCUUCCUGCGAGAAAGUGGGAUUCAUCGGCUUUAGCAGUCAGGCAGGUGGUCUGUCGGACCACAUCGUCGUGGAUACCAAACAUGCGAUUCCGCUACCCGACUCCAUCCCCCUCGACAUCGGAGCCCUGGUGGAGCCUCUUGCCGUCGCAUGGCACGCCGUAAGCCGCAGUCCUCUGCAGGCAAAUGACACAGUACUUGUGGUUGGGGCCGGACCAAUCGGUCUGGCUAUCAUUCAGGUACUGAAAGCUAAAGGUAUUACGUCGAUUAUUGCCGUGGAGGUCUCUAAGCGACGACGAGAAUUUGCCCUCGCUCUAGGCGCCCUCAAGGUUCUUAAUCCCAUUGAUGUGGAUGCGGUUGCGCAGAUACGUGCUUUAACGGCGAAUGUGGGUGCAGCUGUUGCAUUUGAGUGUUCCGGGGUUCAGGCUGGGAUUGAUACCGCGAUGACUGGUCUUCGGGUGCGUGGGACGAUGGUCAUCGUUUCCUUGUGGGAGCAGAAGCCUAUCUUUGAUACUUCUGGUAUUGUGCUUCAAGAGAAGCACGUCAUAGGGGCUGCUAUUUAUGAUGAUGGGGACUUCGAGGCUGUGAUUGAUGCAAUUGCUUCUGGUAAUAUCCAGCCUCGCCAGAUGGUCACCAGUAAAAUCCGAAUGGAGGAUGUGGAAGAGAAGGGAUUUAAGGCUCUCAUCGAGGAGAAGGAUGAGCAUGUAAAGAUUCUGGUCGAGAUUUCUGCAUGA